AUGUUUGCCACCCGACAGGCUGUUCGCAACGCCCCGCGCUUCGUCGCCCAGGCCCGCGCAGGUGCUCAGCGCCGCUUCGCCAGCUCCGCCUCUGAGAACGAGUUCAUCAAGGAGCGCCAGCACAUCAAGGACCACGCCGAUGGCACCACCGCGCUCUGGAAGAAGAUUUCCAUCUACGGCGUCACCCCCUGCCUCAUCGCCGCCGCUGCCAACGCCUACUACCUGUGGAACGAGCAUUGGGAGCACUGGAGCCACAUGCCCGCUCUGGAGGAGCGCACUGAGUACGCCUACCAGAACAUCCGCACCAAGAACUACCAGUGGGGUAACGGUGACAAGACUCUUUUCUGGAACGACAAGGUCAACUACCACAACAAGGACAAGGUCGCGUAA